CGGGACAGAGUUCCAGGGAUACUGGGAUGUACGCCAGCCUGACCUACCCCGGGGAAGCUGUGUAUAUAUGAGGGAGGACACUACAGGCCGGUGGAGGUGGGCGGUGGGGAACUGUGACGCUAGGAGGAAGUUCAUCUGUCAGUAUGCUGCCUGCAAUCAAGGUAGCUUCAGAUGUAACAACGGAAUCUGUAUCACUGAUGAGAAGAGAUGUGAUGGCAGAGAUGAUUGUGGGGACGAUUCGGAUGAGAUUGAUUGUGCUGCACGGUGUCGUUUUCACUUGAUCAGCGAUACGGGUCAGAUUGCCUCCCCUGGAUAUCCCAACCUGUACUCUAAUAGUACGGAGUGUUCAUGGCUCAUUGAAGGACUGCCUGGUAGCAAUGUCAAAGUGCAAUUCUCAAGUUUUGAAACAGAACUUAACUUUGACGAAGUGAUCGUUCUUGUUGGCGGAAGAACUGCGUCUAUGUCUGACUAUGGUGGCAGAUAUUCCGGACAUUUAACUGAUGUCCAGGUGGUCAGUCCCAAUAAUCUCCUCAUCAUCAAGUUCACCUCCGACCACUCCAACACGUUCCAGGGAUUUACAGGUCACUGGGAAACAGUGACCCACAGUGUUCCCGUCACAGGGCUCCACCUGGAGGCUAACUCAUCAUUACAGGAAGUGACAUCACCCUUUUAUCCAUCCUUUUACGUCAGUCAAAAUUUGGAAUGGAUCAUUUCGCCACUUUAUGCCAGACAAGUUGUCCUUCUCCAGGUUUUGGACAUUGAAUUGGAUGAGAGAGACUACAUCAUUGUGAGAAAUAACAACGUACAAGGUGAGGUGAUGGCGGUAUUCUCCCACACUGGAGGGCCACGGACAGUGAUAUCUGUCGGUACACUACAUAUAAUGAUGAAAGUGAAGGCGUCCUAUCCGAGACACAACCAUCGGGGAUUUAGAUUCAGUUACAAAGCAGGCUGUGACGUGGUGAUGGAUGAGGACAAAGGUUUGGUAUUCUCCCCAGGGUACGGUGUGCUCAGAUAUCCCGCCUACCAAAACUGUUCCUGGUCCAUAUCGGCCACACAGCACAGGCAGCUUACUCUGUUGUUUGACAAGAACUUUCAUUUGGAGGAUGGAUAUGACUUUUUGCAGGUGUUCGCAGGACUGAAUGAUACAGGAGUGCCUCUCCAUCCCAAUGGUACCUUGGGGUUCACAGGGAAUCUGGUACCUCCACCAGUGACUAGCUUUACCGGCCAGCUGUACAUAAACCUGCUAUCUAACUCACUGUACCAGUACAGUGGCUACCAAGCACGAUUUUCUAUAGGUUGUCCAGAGCCCGGAUUCAACAUGAACACUGUUGCUUCCUCAUCAACCUAUGAUUUUGGAUCACACAUAAAUGUUUCUUGCAAGUCUGGCUACAACUUUCUGGAGGAGGAAUUCCGGCAGAGCGACAACACUAGCAGAUAUUAUGUGGCGAUGGAGUGUUUGUAUGGAGGGGUCUGGAAUGUGAGGAAGACACCACAGUGCCAAGCCAGUUAUUGUGGGAUCCCCCCUGUUGUGAGAAGAGGGUACCUGUUGAGUGGCGAGGGAGUACAGUACGGCUCCUCUGUGACCUACAGUUGUGAGGAGGGAUAUGUCCCCAUUGGUCGUGUCACAGUGAACUGUCAGGCUGAUGGAACAUGGCAACAGGUGCCAUCGUGUCGCGCCUUGAACUGUUCCCUACCACCUGCUGUGACCAAUGCUUCCUCGACCAUAGAGAGUGGUACUGGAUUGGACUUUGGGAGCCGUGUAAUCUAUACAUGUAAUACGGGCUUCGAACUGUCAGGAACAGCAAUUAUCUUCUGUCUUGCAAAUGGCACAUGGAAUGAAGCUGCGCCGUCUUGUGACCGUGUAUCUUGUCUGGUACCAGAAAUAGGAAAUGGCCGAUUAGACACACCAGGACAUAGCAUGCGAUAUGAAGACGUUGCUACUUUGACUUGUGAUGCUGGGUUUAUUAUUUCUGGUUCCUCCACAGUAACAUGCCAUUCAAACCAGUCCUUGGGAAUGGUACCUUCGUGUGAAGAUGUGGAUGAGUGUGUUAAUGACACGGCUUGUGAUGGAAUCAGCCAAGACUGUGUCAACACCAUAGGGUCUUUCUUUUGUCAAUGUAAAGUUGGAUAUCAGGACACUGGGACAAAUGUCUGUGAAGACAUUGACGAAUGUUCUAACAACAGCAGCACGUGCAGUCAGGGUUGUGAGAACUUUGGUGGAGGUUUCAACUGUGUAUGUGGACUUGGUUACGAUUUAUAUACAAUAAAUGGUACCCAAGGCUACUAUAUACCUACAGGGGAAUCUGGAAACCUUGUCGGGGACGUAUACCAUCUUAAUCACACAUGUGUUUAUAUGACGUGUGCAUCUCCGCCUACUACAAAAGAUGGCUUCAUUAUUAACAGACAGACGUCAUAUCACUACGGUGACACCCUCAUGUACAGGUGUAACCUUGGGUUUGUCCUCGGUCAUAACCACGACAUGCAGUGUCACUCUAAUGGCUCCUGGAAUUAUCCCUUUCCCUCCUGCCGCGUAGCCACUUGCCCACCUGAUGGACCAGACAUGUGGGCUAAUGCCACCGUGCCAGCCACAGCUAUCGUCCCUAGUGAGGUGAUGUACCUGGACAUUGUCGCUCUCACCUGUAAUGUUCCUGGUAUGGAACUUUUCAACAAGACAAGGCAAUGUCUGUAUAACACACCAACAGAUACCUACAGACUGGUCGGGGACUCUUACGAAUGUGGAGAAAUCAAUUGUGGAUAUCCUGAAGAUUUUCCUAAUGGAACAGUGAUGUUUGUGACAGGAACGACCUUCAGCAAUUCUUUUAAUGUCACCUGUGAUCAAUUUUACCGUCUCCAUGGAAACAGUAGUCAAGGAGAUGCUAUAGUUCGGUGUCUCUCUGAUGGCUACUGGGAUUAUGGAAGUCUUAUGUGUUUACCGGUCAGAUGUCCAGACCCGGGGAGACCACUAAGUGGAUCAUUUGUGGGGACAGACUUCUCUCUGGGUGGGACGGUAAAGUUCCAGUGUGAUGAUCCGGAGCUGGAGCUCGUGGGCAAUACGCAGCUGCAAUGUGUGUUGGCUCCAGAUAACACCCAUUUUGUAUGGAACAGCACCGUGCCUAUCUGUAGAGACGUUACAAUGCCUACCAUUACGGGAUGUCCUGUAGGUUACGUAAUGGUGAAUGUGUAUGGCUCACCCAUAUUUCGCCUACCUGUAGCUUAUGACAACGUAGCAUUGUCAAGCUUCACAGUUACCCCCGCCGACUUUAAUAUCACUGAUCCAGUGCUGGCGAAUUUAACUGUGGUGUACACUGCCACAGACUUUUCCGGGAACACAGCGGAAUGCAAAAUCAACAUCACCAUAAUGGAUGAGAGACUACCACAGAUCAGGUGUCCCGAUUCCUUCAUCGUUUAUCUAAUGGAGCACCCAUACAAUAUCUCCAUCUCCUCAGCAAACUUCUCUGUGUCGCCCUCCUCUGUAUCACUGGAAUUUGAACCCGAUCACGUGCAUGUAUCUACAGAAACCCUUGAACAAGAUUUUACCAUAUAUGGCAACAUCACAGACGCGAGGGGAAACUUGGAUACAUGUUGGUUUCAAGUAAAAAUAAAAGCAAGCUGCCAUCCAGCCUCACUGACUAGUCCAGUAAACGGUCAGUUAAACUGCACAUCAACUGUGAACAAUGACGGAUAUCGAUGUGAGGGAACAUGUGAUCACGACUAUUACUUCUACGAUGACUUCGGUCCAAACUAUGAAGUGUUCACCACAGAGUGUAGCAUUGGCGGAAACUGGACGGUUUCUCAUAUUCCCUCCUGUGUGUCAUCAUUGCCAACAUCAUUCAAACAAAUCCAUCAAUUGAUCUAUCAGCCUGUUCUUAAUGGAAGUAUAUUAUCCGCGGAUUGUCUGAGCAAAUAUAUAAACAGCAUCCAGCAGGCCUUCUCCGCAGUGUCUGCCAGGGUAACCAACGUGUGUGGGCUCCUCGGGGCGGCCAGUAUCGUCAAUAUAACGGACGGUCAGUUUAGCAACAUCAUAAACAACUCGUUCACCGGUACCUUCAUCCUUGAGUUUGAUCCUCCGAGUGUGGACUCCUCACACGAUUGUGUAGAGGCUACUUUUUUAAUAUUCACCAAAACGACGGCUGUCAUAGAAGACAUAAGGGACAUCAUAGGGAUCUCAGGUUGUGCUAACAUCACCGCUGAGUAUGAGGCCCUGCUAACCAACGAACAGAAGUGCGACAACAACGUCGAAACAAGGGACCAAUUGGGCAAACGGGUCUGCUUGGUAUGUCCACCGGGGACCUUCAAAGAUGUGAGUGGUGACUGUGAAUUAUGUCCACUUGGUACAUACAAUGACAGACAGGGAAUGUCCACGUGUAGCAGCUGUCCGUUAGGAACAUGGACACAGAGAGAAGGCAACUCAAAUUCUUCAAAUUGUGAAGAGGUGUGUAGAACUGGUCUGUACUCAAGCACCAGACUGCCGCCCUGUGGUCAGUGCCCGAAAAACUCCUACCCUGUGUCCAGUGAUGUUUGUAAACCCUGUCCCACUGGCACAAAGUACAUAGGAACACUGGCUUAUCUGAACAAAAACUGUCUCAAAGAACCGUGUCAGUACACCAAGACCACAAACAUGUUUGACAGUACCUCAGGAGAGACAUAUUCUGGUACUGUCAGUCAGUGUAGGCAGUUUUGUGAGGAUCUAGAAGGGAAGACAACUGUCAGAUGUACCGGCUUCUCUUACCACAGUCUUUUCCAGCAGUGUGUGCUUCACCAUGGGGACGCAGUCAGUCUUGGAGUCAGCACCAAAUACGACCACUACAAUCGUACAUGUAACAGACUCCCUGACAAAGAGUGUUACUGUGUCUUACCAUGCCUCGCUGGAAACCGGUCUUCUGAUGGGUUCGAGCCCUGUACAGAGUGUCCGCAGAACUAUUAUACUCACCAGAACCAGUCUAUAUCCUGUGUAGAAUGUCCUGAGGAAACCUUGACAUUGGAAAUAGGAGCAACUAGUAACGCAAGCUGCAUAGAUGCAGAACAAAUUCUUUGUCCAAGAUGUCAAAAUGGAUCUACCUGUAGAAUCGUACAUCAUGGCUAUGUGUGUUACUGCCCUUUAGGUUACAGCGGUAGGGACUGUGAUGAUAUACAAGAUUUCUGUGCGUCCAGGCCUUGUUACAAUGGGGCGACCUGUACGAGUUCACUUGGAGCAUACACCUGCUCAUGUCCUCAAGGCGUAAGUGGAGACAACUGUGAAGUGGAUUUGGAUGACUGUGGAUGGGAACAAUGUCAGAAUGGAGGAGUGUGUGUCGAUGGCCUGAACAGCUAUACAUGUGUGUGUCUGCCACCCUACUACGGCAACAAUUGCGAGUUGGAUAACUCCACCCUGAUUUGUGUGUCUAGGCCAUGUGACAACGGUGGUUCCUGUAUUUCUGUAAACAGUCUGUGGAGGAAAUGUGUCUGUCCUCUAGGUUUCAAGGGGCGUGAUUGUGAAGUUAACAUCGAUGAAUGUGCCUCCUCUCCUUGUCUUAAUGGAGGAGUAUGUGUGGACGGGGACAACUCCUACAGCUGUAUCUGUCCGCUGUACCAGGAUGACAGGUGUCAGACACCUAGGAUCACAUGUGACAGUCUCACCUGUGGUAACGCUGAUAAGUGUUACAACGACUACAGGACUGGUCUUCCUCAGUGUCUCUGUAAUCCGGGAUAUACUCUGGAGCAAGGUCAGAGUGACUGUAGCCUGGUGGAUGUUUGUGCGUCAUCACCCUGCAAGAGGGGCGGGACCUGUACUAAUAUUCCUGGCGGCCAUAUCUGCAAUUGUCCCCUAGGGUAUGGAGGAUCCCUUUGUCAGCAUGACUUUGACGAAUGUGGUUCCCAACCCUGUGUGAACAAUGGAACAUGUGAAGACAGAUUCAACAACUACACCUGUCAAUGUCUCGCAGGCUUCUCAGGUGACGAUUGUUCAACAGACAAGAAUGAGUGUUUGAGUAAUCCAUGUCAUCUCGCCGGCACACGUGUGUGUAACAAUACCUAUGGAGGUUUCAUCUGUGAGUGCAUGGACGGUUAUUCUGGCUUCAACUGCUCCGUACACGAAGACAUGGACCCAUGUUUCAGCAGUCCGUGUCUUCAUGGCGGUAUCUGCAGGGGGCGGAACACAAGUUUCGAAUGUGAGUGCAGGAAUGGUUGGAUGGGUCCUUGUUGUGAAAUGCUGGUCGACUAUUGUGCAGACGUUGCUAACCCUUGCCUCCACAAUGCAUCUUGCAUCAGUCUUCAAAAUGACUUCUUCUGCAGUUGCCCAACUGGUACCUAUGGUCGAUACUGUGAUAGUCUCCCUGGCCUGUGUACUCGCCUGAACCCUUGUCUGAACCUUGGAAACUGUACCGCUGACGGGGAAAUCUUUACUGGAUGCAGUUGUUCUGAUGAAUUCUAUGGUGACGGUUGUCAAGUAGUGAAAGACCACGACUGUGCCAGUAGUCCUUGUCUGCAUGGAGGCACAUGCUCACAGGAUUCCAGCGGCCAUAUAUUCUGUUCUUGUUUACCAGGUUACCAUGGUGACCAGUGUCAGUAUGAUGUAGAUGAGUGUGAGGAGGUUAUUUGUCCAGGUCUGGGGACAUGUAUUGAUGGGGUCAACAAGUACUAUUGUCGCUGUCCUCUUGGUAAACUUCCACCUAACUGUACAGAGGAUGUCACGGUUACCCAUGAUGUGUGUUUUGAGUCUCCCCUGCGAACAGCGAGCGCCUCUUUACCUUUUGGUAUACCAAUGAAUCACCAAUACAUGUCAGUCAGUUUCUGGGUGAAAUUCUCAACAAAAAAUGGAACUGGAACCUUCUUCUCCAUGUUUGAACAGACCGACCCUGGUUCCUCUACUGGACUGAUGUUACUGUUCAGUCUGGCCCAUGACGGCCUUCGCCUCUCUGUUAAUACCACAGAGGACACAACAAGCUUUGGCUCUUACAGUAUAAACAGUGGAGUGUGGCACCUGCUCGUUAUCACAUGGGACGCUACCAUAGGAAAGGUGGAGGUCAGAGCCAAUAGUAUACGUCUGAUACAGCUGACAGACUAUCAGCAGGGGAAACUUCUCAAUAAAUCUUACUGGAUUACACUAGGACAUGAGUUUUCCACUGCCAGUAUGACGUCUGUGAUAGGAGGGGGAUUCCAGGGCUGCCUAUCUCAAGUGAAUGUGUUUAGUUAUAUACUGGACACUAACACACAAGUAACAAAUAUGAUGUUGGACCCCUUCACUGAGGGGGAUCGUGGAGAUAUCCUUCAAUGGGACGAGUUUGAACUUUGGGGUCUUGUCAGGAGAGUACGACCUAGUACUAUACAGGACCCUGUCUGUACUAGCUGUUUGUCUCCAGCUAAGAAGAGUCUUAGCCUCACCUGCCCUAAGGAUGUGUACUUGGUCUCUACCCUCCCAUACAGCCCUGUAUCAUGGAGUCUCUCACACCACCAGGGAGUGCUUUCAGUGAGGACAAACAUGCCAUCAGGUACUGUCUUGCCUCCGGGAAGACACAUUGUGAUAUACACAGCAUUAGACACUAACAACAAUACUGCCGUCUGCUCCUUCAGAAUCUACAUUAGGGAAAACCAAUGUGAGUUCCCUAGUUUAGUUGGAGGUGUGGCUAAGACUUGUCGGACUGGUGGUUUCGGUAAUUCUUACACUGGAUGUUCUCUGUCUUGCCCUUCCCUCCACCACACACUGAGCCAGACUACGCCCCUCUUAUACACAUGUGGGCCUCUAGGAUGGUGGGAUUCAGUGGCAGACCGGACGUGCGAUCCUACCUACCCUACAUGUGGAAAUAUCACCUCAACGGCUCUAGUGAAUUUGAAAGUGAGGCUGGUGUACUCUGCUGCCCUGACUACGUGUCAGCAGGUCAGGAAUAGCCUGGAAACUUACAUACGCCAGCAUGUCACUGCCUUAGACAAGCACUGGGGCAACACGAUGUGUACCCAGCUCGGCUGCACGGAUGUGGUCCUAACUAUUACCUGCAGCUCGCCAGCACCAGUAGUGGAGAUUGUCAUCAGCAAUAUUGCAAUGACUUUGAUCAUAACUGGAGGAGAUUCCAAGAGUCCCAAGGAGAUUUUUACUCAAGCACUCCUUGACCUCGACAGAUUCCACUUCGAGGAACAGAUUCCAAACACUAACCCUCUGAUAGGCCUGUCAACGGUUGAAUCGACCCUGAUCUGCCCCGACGGACACCUGCUUGUGGACACUGACUGUGUUAUUUGCGGUUUUGGAAUGUACCUCAAUAGGACAACUCAGUCUUGUUAUCACUGUCCUAAAGGAUUCUACUAUGACACAACCGAUGGAAACACUUCCUGUCGGGCAUGCCCAGAUGGAACCACAACAAAAUGUUCUGCAGCGGUGUCUCUGGUACAGUGUCACGCUGUAUGUGAGAGCGGGUCGUUCUUCAACAUGACUGCAGGGAUAUGUGAGUUGUGUAACCUGGGAACAUACCAGAAAGAAAGUGGACAGUUUCAAUGCCAACCCUGUCCAUUUGGUCAAACAACUAUUCAAAACGGCACAUCGGACAUCAAACUGUGCUUCGACAUGUGUCCCCUUGGGUUUGAAAUUACUCAUAAGGGUCCGUGUCGUGUGUGUGAGGCGGGGACAUAUCGUGGGGAGGGGGAUGGACCUAUGUGUGUUCCCUGUACCUCCGGGAUCACCACACCAGGCAACGGCUCACAGACAGUCCUCAAUUGUACCAUAGUGAUAUGUCCCCCUGGCUAUAGAGCAGAACGUAACAGCACUAAUUGUAAGCCAUGUGAGCUUGGACAAUACCAACCUCAUUGGAACCAGAUAGAUUGUCUCUCCUGUCCUGAAAACACGACAACCGAGAUGGAGGCAGCUGAUAAUGUGACAAAAUGUGAAGUGUUUUGCGAGUCUGGUUAUACGCGGGUUGCUGAUGAGUGUGUUCCCUGUCCUGUGGGUCAAUACAAAAACAACAGUGAUGGCAAGCUAGGACAUUGUGUGACUUGUCCUGUGGAUUAUGUGACCCCAACGAAUGCGUCCACAUCCAGCACAAACUGUAGUCUAUAUAAUUGUACAGAAGGAUCAAAGAUAAAUGGCAACAAUUCUGGAUGUGAGUUAUGUCCCCUGGGAGAAUAUCAGUCUCAUAAAUAUCAAACGAAUUGUCUCCCUUGCCCUGACGGCUCUAGUACACCACAGAUAGGCGCAAUACAAUGUGAAGUGUUCUGUCGAUCGGGCCAGCAGCUGAAGGGUGGCCAGUGCGAAUUGUGUCCUAUAGGUCAUUUCAAGGACAAUACAGACGGACGUUUUGGGGAGUGUCAGCCAUGUCCUGUUGACUUCAUUACUGCUACCGACGGAGCUACCACUGAGGAUCUGUGUGUUGUCGGGAACUGUACGCCAGGCCAGUUCUUGGUGAACGCAACCCUGGACUGUACGGACUGUCCUGUGGGGACAUACCAACCAAACAAAUGGCAGACGGCGUGUAUCCCCUGUCCAAAUGACACGACAACACAAGAGGAGGGAACAACACAACGAUCACAAUGUUUCUUGUUUUGCGAUGCGGGUUAUGAAGGAAGCAAUUUAACCUGCAAUCCUUGUCGUGUUGGGUACUACAAGCCGGUGGCAGGUGCUUUGCCUUGCUCAGCCUGUCCGUCAGCUUAUAGAACACAGGGUGUAGGGGCAACGAACGAGUCACAGUGUCAUGUCGCGGCUUGUGAGCCUGGUACUUACCUUCAGAACGCAACCUGCGAACAGUGUCCCUAUGGUCAAUAUCAGAUUGAUUGGUGGCAGGAUGUUUGUGUCGCUUGUCCCCCUCAGACCACCACCUACAGACAGGGGGCAGCACUUCUAUCCGAUUGUGUCAUGGACUGUGAGAGUGGGUUCGAGUAUUGUCCCACUAGUGGCCAGUGUGAGAUUUGUGACCGGGGAUACUACAGGGACAGAAAUGACCCAUCACAGUCCCGUUGUCAGCCCUGUCCCGAACAAACAAUUACUGCUCAGGGACCAAACUGUACUGUGCCAGGCGAGUACCGUGACCCUGGAGAGAACAGGUGCCGACCGUGUCCCCGGGGCCAGUACCAGGACCAGAAAUGGCGUGACAUGUGUGAAAUGUGCCCUGAAAACUAUACAACCUUUACAGAAGGAGCAGUCUCAAGCCACCAGUGUCAGCUGGCCUGUGAUUCGGGGUACGAGGAAGAUAAUAACACGUGUGUACCUUGUCCUGUCGGUACCUACAGAGAUGAACAGGAUUCUCAAUUGUGUGAGAACUGCCCCCUGGGCUGGACAACUCUCUCCAGUGCAGCAACAAACAUUGACCAGUGUCUACCCAACUGCACACGUGGACAAUACUAUUCCGAUGCGAGUAACAGGUGUAAAAUGUGUGAGCAGGGGACGUACCAGGGAGAGCUGUAUCAGAGACAGUGCACGCAGUGUGGGCAGGGAACAAGUACCAGGACAGGCGGGACUGUGUCCAAACACCACUGCCUAUCCCUGUGUCACAAGGACAUCCACAACUGCUCGGCGCAUGCCCAUUGUGAGGUGCUUGGCAACAGAUAUAGUUGUACCUGUAAGGUCGGCUACCUUGGUGACGGAUAUAUGUGUCAACAUCGGUGUGACAAGGUGGAUUAUUGUUUGAAUGGUGGGAGGUGUGUACUGGACGUUACCCAGAGUAUAGGAUGCCAAUGUCACUUCAAGUACACCGGAGAAAGAUGUCAGUCCCGCCAAGAUGUCGAUUCAAUUGCACCUCAAAAGUGGAAAAUCAUUGUGGGAUCUGUGGUUGGAAGUGUUGCUUUCCUAACUAUCUUUAUCAUUGUCAGCGUGUUGAUUGGUGUCUCCUACAGAAAAUACAUUGCACACAAGGUGAAGAAUGCUCACAAGUCUUCUGAUUUUAAACACCAGUCCCGGUCAUUUGCGACAAGAGCAAGUCUAACUAACUAUGGUAGUUCCACUGGACCACCAUUCAACUUACAAAGCUCCAGAGUACAGAAAACAAACACAUUCAGCUGGAGUCCAAUGGCAGUGGAGCUGGCUGGUGUUAACUAUGUAGAUGUUGACAAUACACCUGAUGAGGCCAUAUAUCAGCCUCAAAGAGAAGGACCAUGAGUAUCGACUUACGUCAUAGGGACAUGACCUGUAAGGACGUCAUAUAACCUUGUAGAGACAACAUAUUAUCUUGUAGGAACAUUAUAUUACGUUGCAGGGAGAUAUCAUUUAUCGUGUAGGGACAUUAUAUUACGUUGCAGGGAGAUAUCAUUUAUCGUGUAGGGACAUUAUAUAAUCGUGUAGGGAGAUAACAUUUAUCGUGUAGGGACAUUAUAUUAUCUUGAAGGGAGAUAACAUUUAUCUUGUAGGGAUAUCAUAUCACCAUGUAUCUUUAAUAUACUUGUAUAUUGCCUGUUCAACGAUGUAAUACAAUGUAUAUCGCUGAAUACAACUGAAUGUAAAUCCUCCAAUUGAAAUAUUUAUAGCAAUUACAAAGCAGCAGAAAAACCUUUUUUCACUAAUCACCAAGUAUUGUAAAUAUAAGAUAUAUAUGCCACGCUGUAAAAAUUGGUAGUUCCCUUGGACACUUCAAUAAAUGAAAAUGUAUGUGGUCAGUGAACAAAAGAGACUGACCGUUAAGUGGAAUAGCGUUAAUGGUGUAUUGUUUAUCUCCAAAAACUAUCGAAUAAAUAAUACGGCUUGAAAUGAGUGAUAUUAAAGUAAAAUGAUAUUGACUUCUAUCACGUGAUUCAUCAUUGCAAUUUUCAAACAGUAAGGAGUAGUGGUAGACACAAUACCCUCGGGUCACAAAUAACAGUUUUAUUCAAAUGUUAACACUAAUAUGACGUAGCAAAAAUAGAUGUGUGUUCAAUAUGUUAUAAUCAAUUUUUCUUUGUUUUCAUACCAAAUACUCUUAUCUGAUUGGUUGGAAAAUUUAUGAAAGAAAAAUAAUUAGCCACGCCCACCGGAAUAACUUUCACUAUGUCGGCAACUUCAAAAGAAAAUUAUCCAAGAAGCCUUUGAUUUUCGGUAGAUUCCAUUGGAUUUUCCGAAGUUUAUAUGUUACAAUAUGUAUUGAAUAAUAACAUAUUAUGUAAGUAAAACAUUAAAAUUGGGAAAAAAAUAC